GGAGAACUGCGAAAAACUGAUAUGUGCUGGAAAGAGGCGAUAGCUGCUCAUCAGCACCUACUCACUGACCAGUGUGAUCAGCAGCUCGUAACAAAGGUUCUACUUCCUGUUUACAUUGAAUCGCUCGAGCGCACAUGGAGAAACAGAUGGAAAACUGGAUGGACUGAAGA